UCCAGUAUCCGACUAUCGGCCAGGCUGAGUCAGGUGUUCAAUUUAAAGAUUCGAAGCGUUGUUUUGUUUGCGUUGUGAUCGGUUGUGAUUGCAGUUGUGAUCAAACGCUUCACAUUUUCUGGUUUGUGAGCAUAGCAGGUCAACCGCGUUCCAUCUUUUUUGCUAUGCGUGGCUCGUGAGUAACCGAACGAUCAAGGCGAAGUGAGCUCACAGCUGGCCAUGGUUCUGCACGUGGGCGCGUGUUGAAAUUCUAGGGUCACUGCAAAGCUAUACAUUCCGACCUCUUCUAUUGCUCGAAUUUUCCUGUAAAGACACCGUUGUGUCCUUGAAGCAGGCAAUGGAAAGAAAAUUUUUCCUGCGACGUCAUGGUCUCGACAACAAAGAAAACAUGGCACCGGAGAUUUUGAAGUCUUCGUCUACCAAGCUGCCAAGCAUUGAGGAUUUUUCGAUAAUCAAGCCAAUAAGCAAAGGUGCCUUCGGGAAGGUAUUCCUUGCUCGUAAGCAAGGGAGAGAUGGCCAGGUUUUUGCCGUCAAGGUCGUCAAAAAGUCCGAGAUGGUUAACAAGAACAUGGUAGACCAAGUAUUUGCAGAAAGGAAUGCACUUGCUAUGAGCCACAGCCCAUUUAUCGUGAAAAUAUUCUAUUGCCUCCAGACGGUGCACAACAUAUACCUGGUGAUGGAAUACAUGAUUGGAGGUGAUGUCAAGUCUCUACUGCACGUGUACAAUUGUUUUACGGAGCCCAUGGCCACCUUCUAUGCGGCGCAGGUUGCACUUGCUCUGCAAUAUUUGCAUGGGCACGGCAUUGUACAUAGGGACCUGAAACCAGACAACAUGCUAAUUUCAAGUAGUGGCCACAUCAAGCUUACCGACUUUGGCCUUUCCCAAGUCCAAGUGAAGAAAAUCCAACCUGCGGACAUCGUGCAGACUCCCAACUGUGGAACACGACUUCUGGCUCGCACACCUGGGCAGCUUCUUUCUCUCACGUCGGGUCUCUAUUUUAGUGGCAGGAAGGAAAGAUGUCUACCGGACACCCCAGUGGGGAUCUUGCAGCACGAGCAACUCAUGUCGAGCCCUGCAAGAACGCCAGGUCGGCCUGUGAAGCGCUCCUUUCUGGAAGCUGCAUCCCCACCUGCCCGCAUGGCAAGGCGAGCGAAACGACUGCAAUUGGAUCUUGGAAGUCCUUGCUCUGGUAGGCCAAAUUCUCCACUAGAACCAGAGGAUGACCCAUUUGAAGAGGUGUCUGACCUCGGCAAGAACGGUUUUCGAGGGAGUGCUUCAUCGUCUUUGAGCUGCCUUUUGGGAACUCCUGACUACCUGGCUCCAGAGUUGCUGUUUGGACAGCCUCAUGGAUCAGCAGUCGAUUGGUGGUCCCUUGGUGUCUGCCUUUAUGAAUUCCUUACAGGUGUCCCUCCUUUCUCCGAUGAGACACCAGAGGCAGUGUUUGACAACAUAUUGCAAGCUGAACUGGAGUGGCCUGAAGGAGAAGAGUGCCUUUCAGAAGCAGCCACAUGUGCGGUGGAGGCCCUCCUGACACGUGACCCUAGCCUCAGGGCAGGUGCACAAGAACUGAGGUCACUGCUGCUCUUCAGCCAAGUGGACUGGGACAACCUACAUGAUGCACCAGCUCCUUUUGUGCCGUGCCCAGAUGAUGAUACUGAUACUGGGUACUUUGAAGCAAGGAAUCACAUGUUGUCCAACUGCUAGAUGAUGAAAUCAAUGGAUCACAUUUAUUUCAGGCAGAAGCCCCAACACCUUCUACAGCCUUAGCGGUGUACUAUAAAUUUAUGUAUUUUUAGUAAUUUAUUAGAUUUAUGAGUAUAUUUUUAGUGACAUAGCAGAAAGUCUACCCAACAUCAAGGUAAAACCAGUGAAUAAAAUAUACUACAACCAAUA